AUGGCACCAGAUGAUGAUAAAGAAGCUGUGAAAAAGCUUAUGAGCUGGACACAAAAACAACAAGCCAUCUCAACGGCUGACCAGCCAGCUAAUGGUCCAGUUUGGGCCAGCAGGACAAUUCUGCCAGCUCCGAAGGAUGAUUCCAUUGUCACUGCUACCACUGAGGCAAUUUGUGAUCUUGGUGAUGGAUCUUGCGCGGACUUAGUUGCUACUUUAGCUGAUGUCCAAGUACAGUGGAGCGGGUUUCGAUCUGGAGUUGGUGGACGCGAUCAGUUUUAG